CCACCGGAGCGGCCGGGCUACGCGCUGACAGCUUCCCCUGCCCUUCCCGUCCGUCGGGCCUCUCGCCACCGCCGCCGCCGCCGCCCUCGGCCAGCGAGCGGCCGCAGACCGCGCUCCGAGAGCCCCGCGCAGCCCAGGCCAGAGCCGCCGCGGCCGGGAAGGCGGCGCCGCCGCGGCCCGGCCCCCGCGCGCCCCGCGCUUCCCUCCGCCCGCGCUGCGACAUGGCGCGGCACUGACUGGCCCGGCCCGGCGAGACCGCGCGCCCGCGCCCCGGAACCGCCGGCCCCGACCCGCAGCCGAACUCGCUCCUCCCGCGGCCCCGAGGCCCGCGCCGGCCCGGAGGGGGAGCCCGCAGGCACCGCGAGGCCGAGCGCAGACUCGCCACCAGGCUCCAGCAUGGCAGAAGAGGAUCCAUAUCUGGCAGGGCAUGAACAAAUGUUUCAUUUGGAUUCUUUAAAUCAUACAAUAUUUAAUCCAGAAAUAUAUCAACAAGAGAUGCCGCUGCCAACAGCAGAUGGCCCAUACCUUCAAAUAUUAGAGCAACCUAAACAGAGAGGCUUUCGUUUCCGUUAUGUCUGUGAAGGCCCGUCCCACGGUGGGCUCCCUGGUGCAUCUAGUGAAAAGAAUAAGAAGUCCUACCCUCAGGUCAAAAUCUGCAACUAUGUGGGACCUGCCAAGGUUAUUGUUCAGUUGGUCACAAAUGGAAAAAGCAUCCACCUGCAUGCACACAGCCUGGUGGGGAAGCACUGUGAGGAUGGGAUCUGCACUGUUAAUGCUGGACCCAAGGACAUGGUGGUCGGCUUCGCAAACCUGGGUAUACUUCAUGUGACAAAGAAAAAAGUAUUUGAAACACUGGAAGCACGAAUGACAGAGGCGUGCAUAAGGGGCUACAAUCCCGGACUUUUGGUGCAUCCUGAUCUUGCCUAUUUGCAAGCAGAAGGUGCAGGAGACCGACAGCUCACAGAUCGGGAAAAGGAGAUCAUCCGCCAGGCCGCGCUGCAGCAGACAAAGGAGAUGGACCUCAGCGUGGUGCGGCUCAUGUUUACAGCUUUCCUCCCGGACAGCACCGGCAGCUUCACCAGGCGCCUGGAGCCCGUGGUGUCGGAUGCCAUUUACGACAGCAAAGCCCCCAACGCGUCCAACUUGAAAAUUGUACGAAUGGACAGGACAGCUGGAUGCGUAACUGGAGGGGAAGAGAUUUAUCUUCUGUGUGACAAGGUUCAAAAAGAUGACAUCCAGAUUCGGUUUUAUGAGGAGGAGGAAAACGGUGGGAUCUGGGAAGGAUUUGGAGAUUUCUCUCCCACAGACGUUCAUAGACAAUUUGCCAUCGUCUUCAAAACACCAAAAUACAAAGAUGUCAACAUUACCAAACCAGCCUCCGUGUUUGUCCAACUUCGGAGGAAAUCUGAUUUGGAAACUAGUGAACCAAAACCUUUUCUCUAUUACCCCGAGAUCAAAGAUAAAGAGGAAGUGCAGAGGAAGCGGCAGAAGCUCAUGCCCAAUUUCUCAGAUAGUUUCGGCGGCGGCGGUGCAGGGGCUGGAGGUGGAGGCAUGUAUGGCAGUGGUGGUGGAGGAGGGGGUGCCGGAAGCACUGGUCCAGGGUAUGGCUUCUCCCACUAUGGAUUUCCAACAUAUGGUGGAAUUACCUUCCACCCUGGAACCACUAAAUCUAACGCUGGGAUGAAGCAUGGAACCAGGGACACCUCAUCCAAAAAUGACCCUGAAGGUUGUGACGAGAGUGGUGACAGAGAGGCUGCCAGUUUCUCUGGGAAAGUAACUGAAACCUCAGAACAAGAAGAUCAGGAGACCAGCAGUGGGGAUGAGGAUGCGACCCCGCUGAGUCCAGUGGGAGGAAAGGGAGAGAUUUCUAGGUUUCAGGAUAACCUCUUCCUAGAGAAGGCCAUGCAGCUUGCCAAGCGGCACGCCAACGCCCUGUUUGACUACGCGGUGACCGGAGACGUGAAGAUGCUGCUGGCUGUGCAGCGCCAUCUCACGGCAGUGCAGGAUGAGAACGGGGACAGUGUCUUACACUUAGCAGUCAUCCACCUUCAUGCUCAGCUUGUGAGGGAUCUGCUGGAAGUCACGUGUGGUUUGGUUUUGGAUGACAUUAUCAACAUGAGAAAUGAUCUCUACCAGACGCCCUUGCACUUGGCAGUGAUCACCAAGCAGGAGGCAGUGGUGGAGGACUUGCUGAGGGCUGGGGCAGACCUGAGCCUCCUGGACCGCUUGGGUAACUCUGUUUUACACCUCGCUGCCAAAGAAGGACAUGAUCAAAUUCUCAGCAUUUUACUCAAGCACAAGAAGGCAGCACUACUUAUUGACCACCCCAAUGGGGAAGGUCAGAACGCCAUUCACAUAGCCGUGAUGAGCAACAGCAUGCCGUGUCUGAAGCAGCUGGUGGCCGCCGGGGCUGACAUCAACUCGCAGGAGCAGAAGUCGGGUCGCACAGCGCUGCACCUGGCUGUUGAGCAUGACAACAUCUCCUUGGCUGGCUACCUGCUCCUGGAGGGUGAUGCCGACGUAGACAGCACCACCUAUGACGGAACUACACCCCUGCACAUAGCGGCCGGGAGAGGGUCCACCCGGAUGGCAGCGCUUCUCAAAGCAGCAGGAGCAGAUCCCCUGGCAGAGAACUUUGAGCCUCUCUAUGGCCUGGACGACUCUUGGGAAAAGGAUGGAGAGGACGAAGGAGUCGUGCCUGGAACCACGCCCCUAGACAUGGCCACCAGCUGGCAGGUGUUUGACAUACUAAAUGGGAAACCGUAUGAGCCAGAGUUUACAUCUGAUGAUUUACUGGCGCAAGGAGACAUGAAGCAGCUGACUGAAGAUGCAAAGUUGCAGCUCUACAAGUUGCUAGAAUUUCCUGAUCCAGAUAAAAACUGGGCUACUCUGGCACAGAAACUGGGUCUGGGGAUCCUCAAUAAUGCCUUCCGGCUGAGCCCUGCUCCUUCUAAAACUCUCAUGGACAAUUAUGAGGUCUCUGGAGGGACAGUAAGGGAGCUGCUGGAGGCCCUGAGACAGAUGGGCUACACUGAAGCGAUCGAAGUGAUCCAAGCGGCCUUCUGCACCUCAGGCACCACAGUCCCCAGCCCAGUGAAGACCGCCUCUCGGGCCCACUCGCUGCCUCUCUCACCGGACUCCACCAGACAACACAUAGAUGAGCUCUGUGGCGACAGCAUCUGUGACAGCGGCGUGGAGACGUCCUUCCACAAACUCAGCUUCACGGAGUCUCUGACCGGCGGCAGCUCGUUGCUAACUCUUAACAAAAUGCCCCAUGACUUCGGGCAGGAAGGACCUAUAGAAGGCAAGAUUUAGCCCUCUGGCAAUCUCCAACACCCUGUAAACCAGAGUUCUGAAAUUCUGCGUUGCCCAAAAGAAGGAAGGCAGAGUGCAUCCAAGGUGCUCCGAGGAGAACUGGCUGGCCUGGGUUGUUCUGGAUUACUCGAGGCCUUUUAAACUUGCCUUCCUUUCUUGGUUCUUAAAUGACUUUCAGCCCGGCCCACUUGCAGAUAGCACCUAGCAGUCACGGCCUUUGGUGGCGCUGGUGCCCCAUCUGAGGCGAGGUACCUGGUUGAGCUUUCCCAGCUGCUUUCUGUUGUCAUUGCUGCUGUCCCUCCACUGCGUCCCCACUGUCAUUAGGUGUCACGGUCCCCACCUGGUGUUCUUCCUGGCCGUCCACAGCACUGUCAUGCAUCCAGAUUAAGAAUUAAAAAAUUCUUAAUAUUUUAUUAAGGAUAGUUUCAAUGAGAUAUUUUAAAAUGAGAGUCUCAGUGUGUAAUUACAAAAGGCUACUGCUUUUUCUAAUGCAGUUAUCUCUGUGAUUUGAAAAAGAGUAUGUGCUUGCCAAUAUUUAAACAUGGUUACAAUCAGUACUGAAAUGGUAUUUUCCCCUUUUCUGCAUUUUGCUAUUGUAAAUAUGUUUUUAGAUCAAAUACUUUAAGAGAAGAAAUGUUGGAUUUAUAAAUGCUAUUUUUUAUUUUACUUUUAUAAUAAAAGGCAAAGCAAAUUGA